AUGAUUGAAUCAGACGAAGAUUUUGCGCCUCAAGAAUUCCCACACACAGACACAGAUGUUAUCAUAGAUGAACGCAGAGACGAAAAUGAGGGGUAUUCAUCUGAUGAAGUUGGUGGCACAUUAAGCAGAAGAGCCUCAAGUAUAUUUUCCAUAAACACAACUCCACUCGCCCCUCCUAACGCUACCGAUAUACAAAAAUUUACAAGUGACGAACACCAUUUCAGCAUGAUGAGGAAUUUACAUAUGGCAGAUUAUAUUACUAUGCUGAAUGGGUUUUCCGGGUUUUACUCUAUUGUGAGUUGCCUGAGAUUUACACUCACAGGUAAACCUCAUUACGUCCAACGUGCCCAUUUUUUUAUCUUGUUAGGUAUGUGCUUCGAUUUCCUUGACGGUAGAGUAGCGCGUCUCAGGAACAGAUCGUCUCUAAUGGGCCAAGAAUUGGACUCUUUGGCCGACUUGGUUUCUUUUGGUGUAGCUCCCGCUUCAAUUGCCUUUGCAAUCGGUUUCCAAACCACACUUGAUGUUAUGGUUUUAUCAUUCUUUGUUCUUUGCGGAUUAGCAAGACUAGCAAGAUUCAAUGUUACUGUUGCUCAGUUGCCCAAAGAUUCUACUACCGGAAAAUCUAAAUAUUUUGAAGGGUUACCAAUGCCAACCACGUUAGCUUUGGUUUUGGGCAUGGCAUAUUGUGUCAGAAAGGGUUUAAUUUUUGACAACAUACCAUUCGGCAUUUUCAGAGAAGACCAAAUAUUGGAAUUUCAUCCAAUCAUUUUAAUAUUUUUUAUCCAUGGAUGUGGAAUGAUCUCAAAGAGCCUAAAAAUCCCAAAGCCAUAG